UCGUCUGCAAACAUCACUUGAAUUGACACAAUUUCCUUUAAUUUUUUUUGUUAUAAAUUUUUAUUGCUGUUUAUUGUUUAAAUUGUGUGUUUACUUCGCUGUCAGAACAUUUGUCGGUUUUUUUUUGCUGUCAGAUUAGAUUACGCUUGAUAAGAGAAACUUUCGAAGAAAAUGGCAACAAAGCUUCUAUCGUACGACGAGACACUUGUUAUGGGUCUGAACACCUUUCGGAGUGUUUAUUUGUCAUCUCCGACGAUUGUAGCUUGUGCUCCCGGUCGAGUGAAUCUCAUUGGAGAACAUGUUGAUUAUAAUGAUGGCUUUGUUUUGCCCAUGGCACUCCCGAUGGUGACUUUUGUCAUUGGAAAACCGAAUGGAACAGACGAAUGUGAGAUUGUGACUUGCUGCGAAGGAGCUGAUGAACCGAAAAGAGUGAGAUUUAAAAUUUAUAAUCUUGCUCCGGCAUUUCCGAAAUGGGCGAAUUAUAUGAAAGGUGUCAUUCAUCAUUACGGAUACCCCUUGCAACAAGGAUUUAACGCAGUUGUCAUCACAAAUGUCCCAAUUGGCGGCGGAUUAUCAAGUAGCGCCGCAUUAGAAGUCGCAACACUAAAAUUUAUGGAAGCAGCUACCGGAAAAUCUCAUCCGAAAUUAUGCGACAAAGCCCUAAUUUGUCAAAAAGCGGAACACACUUUUUGCGAUAUGCCCUGCGGAAUAAUGGAUCAACUCAUUUCCGUGGCAGGAAAGAAAGAUCACGCCGUUUUAAUUGAUUGUCAAAAUUUAGAAACCACAAUUCUGCCGUUUCAGUCAAAAACGUUGUGCAUCUUGAUUUGCAACUCGAACGUCAAACACGAACUUUCUUCCUCGGAAUAUCCAACGAGACGCGCGCAAUGUAACAAAGCUUUAGCGAUGAUGGGACUAAAUUCGUACAAAGAAGCGAAGGAUGAACAUUUACAAGUCCUCAAAAAACACGACGAAGUGUUCUUGAAACGAGCACGUCACGUAAUUACCGAAAUAAAACGCACUUGUGAAGCAGCUCAUGCCUUGAAAACAAACAAUUUCGAGAAACUCGGAAGACUAAUGAACGAUUCUCACGCCUCGUUACGGGACGAUUUCGAAGUUUCGUGCAAAGAACUCGAUAUUUUGGUUGAAAUUGCACAAAAAUCUCAAGGCGUGUUGGGUUCGCGGAUGACAGGCGGCGGAUUUGGAGGAUGUACAGUAACGUUAGUGACAAAAACAGACGUUGAAAAAGUCAUUCAAGGCAUGGAGAAGGAAUAUCAGGAGAAAUGUGGCAUUAAAGCUGACUUUUAUGUCGUUGGACCGAGCGAUGGAGCGCGUUUAGUUGACUUGAAUAGCUUGUAACAAGGACAAAAGGGCAUUUAUUUUCAUAUCUUAUCAAUAAAUAUUGAUUUUCCGUCGUGCGAGAUGCGAUGAAAAGGUCAAACAUUCCGAAAAAUGCAAUAUCGCAAAAUGUAGAGAUAAGGAAGUGUGCUAAUAAUAGAGAAUAAAAUGAUGAAACUCGAUUAAUUGUGCUUUUAAUGUUUCGAAAUGAGACGGAAGUUGGUCAAA